GCCCCGGCCGGCCGCCUAGAAAAGCGGGGCUGUUCGGCGGCACCCCGGUUUCCUCCUGUCCUCGGCUCAGCCGGCCAUGAAGAACGCGGUGCCGCAGGUGGCCUCGCUGCUGCUGGAGAAGCUGCUGCUCCUCGUCCACGUUCGGGCGCUGCCGGCGGGCACGGAGGGCGGGGAGUCGCCACCGGCCGCCUCCGGCUACUACGACACGAGCUGCUUCAGGCGGGGUGACCUGCUGGAGGUGCCGCGCACCCUCUUCGUCCACUUUGGCAUCUACCUGGGCGAGAACCGUGUCGCCCACCUGAUGCCUGACAUCCUACCCGCCUUCACUGACGACCACCGGCAGAUCCAGCGGGUGGUGACCAACAAACGGCUCAUCCUGGGCGUCAUCACCAAGACGGCCAGCAUCCGCGUGGACACAGUGGAGGAUUUUGCCUAUGGCGGCAGCAUCCUGGUCAACCACAUGGACCGGCUGUUCAAGGACCAGGUGCUGGGCAGCGAGGAGGCUGCUUGUCGUGCAGAGAUGCUGGUGGGCGCCACUGCCUAUAGCCUGCUCUGGAACAACUGCGAGCACUUUGUCACCUACUGCCGCUACGGAGCACCGGUCAGCUUCCAGACCGACAAGUUCUGUGAGACUGUCAAGAUGAUAAUUCGUGACCAGAGGAGCGUUCUUGCUUCAGUGCUUGUGGGCUUAGCAUCCAUCAUCUGCCUGGGUCUGGCACCCUCCACCGCACUCCCCACGAUCUUCAUUACCUUCGUUCUGUGGAUGGCUGGCUAACAGCCUGCCUGCAGCUGUUUGUAUAUAGGAUGUACACUAUUGUAUUUAUGAGAGCACAAAUUACUUGCUGGCCUUGUGUAAAGUUACUUGACCUUAUGUGCCACUUUUAAAUGCAACUCUGUCUAGAACACAGUGCACAAGGUAUAGCUUACUGUGUAAGCCAAAUAAUAGAUUUCCUGAAAAUCUCAAUACAUUCUCACACACCUUUAAAAUAAUGAAAAAGUAGGGGUGUGAUGUGGUUCUGCUGCAUGCCUUUAGCCUUAAGUGAUUCUGUUCAUGUUCUUUUAUCACCUAGCUGUGUGCCUGCGUGCUACAGCUAUUAAUAAAAAUAGAUGGUGGAGUACCACACAGUGAUGGGUAUCUAGAAUUACUUACUUCUUACUUUGGUAGAUCUUGUUAAUGUUCAGGAGUUACUGUCUCUGCUCCUGAAAUGUCCUUUUGUGAAGAUACAGUUAGGUAAGCUGACUAUGUUUGAUAGCCAAGGAAAAAGAAAAAAAAAAGCAGCCCUUGCCUGGGUGCUGUGCUGCAGUAGCACAUCUGGCCAGAUUGGCAUUGAGUUCCCUCCUGAGAAAUGGUCACAGGUCUCAUUCAUAUCAAUUGCAUAAACAGCAAAAAUGCAUACUCAGCAAUUUUCUGAUUGGGUUGGUGGUACAGAAAGUCUGCAAUUCCUUGGCAUUUUCUUUGCUACUAGUAGUGGAGGGUAUGGCUAAUGUAAAUGUCUGCAGAGAGCUUCUAGGCAGUACAGGAGGAAAACAGUUUGCUUUCUGAAAGCUUGUGACAUGCAGAUGUCAUGGGUUUCUAGUCUUGCAAGGCACAUGGCAUGGAGGGGGAGGAAAAUGAAUGCACAUUUAUUUAGUUCUUUCUUUCCCACAGUAAUUAGAGCUAUGUGGGUGCUGUAAAGCAUCAGGGUUCAUUGGUGUGGUUCCUGUAGCCUCUGUAAAGGAAGAUGUCUUUCUAUACUCAUCUCUUGCAAAUAAGUAUUCAGUGGCAAAGCAGCUAAAAAUGUUCCAUCUGCAAUGUUGUGUCCUUUCUGUUUAUCAAGACUCUGUAAGGCUGGAUUUGAAAUCAUGUUAUCUUGCCCAUAAUUUCAGUGCUAGAAGAUACUUUUUUUUUUUUUUUUUUUUCCUCCUCCUCAGUAGUGUCUUAAUGCAUGCAGAGAUAUGGUUCAGUUUCUGGAAUGUCUUGAUCUACAUGCACUUACAUGUCCGCGCAGUAUGCUCACCUCCCUUUCUAGUCAAAGGCACACGCAAUGAUGUCUUUACCAAGGAUGCAACCUCAGACUUGCUCCUUUCUGAGUGGUGUUCAGUAUCCUGAUCAGCUCUGCUACUGGAAGGUGCCAUUUUUUCCUUUUUUUUUUUUUUUUUAAUUAAGACUUAGUUUAGCUACAAUAUAAACCCCCUUCUCCCUCCCUAGACCUCAAGGCUGUUUGAAAAUUGGAUUAUUGAACUAUGAACCUACUUGGCCGCUCUCUAAUAAUCUUUCUUCUGGCUGCUUCACUAUGACUGACAAAGAAUGCAAAGACUAGGGUGAAGUUCUAGUCCCAUUGGAAACAACAGCACUAUUGCUGCUGUCAUUAACUGAGCAGGGAUUUCAGCAUAGCUUUCAGAACACUUCCCGUCUGCAGCCCAGCUCCAAAGAAGUUGUGUAUCUUUUACUGUUGGGUCCUUGCAAACAGCUUCUGUUCUGCUUUCAAAGACUGAGAUGCUCCACAUAACUGUAUUUGGUAAACUUUUCAAGUUAAGGUGUUUUUUUAAUUAUUGUGAAUUGCUUUUUCAUAGAGUAUGUGUUAGUAAUAUUUACAUAAAUUCCAAUGAGGUUUUUUUUUAUUAUUAUUUGCUGUGAAUAAGGUAAUGAACUGUAGCCACCAGUCACUAUUGUAACUAUAUAAAUAGAAUUUAUUCAUUUGAAAA